AUGUGUUGCUCCAAUGGAAAGAUUGUCUUGCCUCCCAUACAUUCUCCUCCAGAUAUGAUCGAGCUAUUCUCCUCUGAAUCUCCACAAGGAGCCCAUUUUAGGCAAAACAUUCGAGCCUGCAACCAUGUAUUUUCAUUCACAUCAAUGGGUGUGCAUGUUGAUGAAAGUCUUGCAACCGGGGGUGGUACUUUCACAUUUCGUGCUCAGGGAUCCAUAUAUCAUAAGAUAGGAAGUCUUCUACCAAAUGCCAAUGAUAGACCAAGAUAUCUACAAUUGUAUAUAUAUGAUACUGACCAUGAAGUGGACAAUCGUAUGCUGGAGAAUGCAGCAUUACAUAGAUAUGUGGUUGAAAAAAUACAAAGAAUUUUGAAUCAACAUAACCCAUUUGUGCAAACAUUUCAUCACCUAGCUCAGCGUCCGGAUUUGCAAAAUUGCAGACUCAUCAUUAGAGAGCAAGCUGCAAACCAACAUCAGUACAGUUUGCCUUCAGCAUCCCAGGUUGCUGCAAUAAUAGUGGGUACAAAUGAUGUGGAAAAUCUGACAGGUCGUGAUAUUGUUGUACAAACAAAGCAAGGCCAGCUUCUAAAUAUUCAAGAUUGUGUUGGGUACUAUGAUCCCUUACAGUAUCCAUUAUUGUUCCCAUAUGGAACAUAUGGAUGGGAUGUGAAUAGUAGGAAUAAUAAUGGUCAAAAAUUGACGUGUCGUGACUAUUAUGCGUAUAUUUUGCAGAUCCGUCAAUAUGAUGAUUCACUUUUACUCCGAGGGGGCCGUCUAUUACAACAAUAUGUCGUGGAUAAUUACGUCAAAAUUGAAACACAAAAGUUGAGAUGGAUUCGCAGCAAUCAAAGUACUCUUCGACGUGAGUUGUAUGACGGACUACAUGACUCACUUAAUGCUGGUGAAAAUAAUGCAGAUAACAUUGGUCGCAAGACUAUUUUACCAUCAUCUUUUAUUGGAAGUCCACGUGAUAUGCACCAAAGAUAUCAGGAUGCAAUGGCUUUGGUCCAAAAAUAUGGAAAGCCGGAUAUUUUUCUCACAAUGACAUGUAAUCCAAAUUGGGAAGAAAUAACUGCAGAGUUAUUACCUGGUCAAGUGGCACAAGAUCGCCCGGAUCUAACUACUCGAAUUUUUCGUGCCAAAUUUGAAGAGUUAAAGAAUGAUGUUAUUAAAAAAGGAGUCUUGGAUGAUUAUGACCACAUUGUUCGGGCUGAAAUUCCAAAUCAAAAUGAAGAGCCAGAGUUAUACAAUGUAGUGUUGGGGCACAUGAUACACGGUCCAUGUGGGGUACAUAGGCGAAUUGCUCCAUGUAUGAAGCGUGGGAGCUGCAAACGAGGCUAUCCAAAGCCAUUUUCAGUAACCACAUUUCAAGGAAAUGAUUCUUAUCCUGUUUAUCGUAGACGAGACAAUCAAUCAGAUAUGCAAUCUAAUGGCAAUCAAAAUACACCACUGGAUAAUAGUUGGGUUAUCCCCUAUAAUCUAUGGUUACUCACAAAAUAUGAUUGUCAUAUCAAUGUGGAAAUUUGUUGCAGCAUUAAGAGCGUCAAGUAUUUGUAUAAAUAUGUCUACAAAGGUCCAGACAGAGUAACAUUUGAAGUUCGGCCUGAAGCAAAUCAAGAUGAAAUAAGAAACUUUGUUGAUGCAAGAUGGGUUUGUGCACCAGAAGCUUUGUGGAGGAUGUUUAAAUUCGUGAUGAAUCGAAUUGCACGUCAAUACUUAUAUCGAGAAUUUCCUGAGCAUUACAAAUGGGAUGGGAGACAUAAAACAUGGGAAGCAAGGGAGACCAACCAAAAAGUCAUUGGAAGAAUUUACACAGUGUCACCUUCAGAAGGAGAAAAGUUUUACUUGCGUGUUCUUCUUAAUCAUGUUCGAGGACCUAAGUCAUUUGAGGAUUUAAGGACAGUUGAUGGGGUCUUACAACCGACAUUCAAGAAAGCAGUUGAAGAACGUGGUUUGUUAGAAGAUGACGAAAGUAUUAGACAAUGUCUACGUGAGGCCUCUAAUAUACGUAUGCCGUCAUCUUUAAGAAGAUUGUUUGUCACCAUCCUAGUUUAUUGCAUGCCCCAUGAAGUACGCAGUUUGUGGGAUGAAUUUUAUCCAUUCAUGAUAGAGGAUUAUCCUUCUUCGAGCACCACGGACAAUGUACGUAUCACAAAUAGACUUUUACGAGACUUGAACGAGUUGUUGGUGCAGCACAGUAAGUCCGUUUUUGAUUAUGACUUGCCAGAAAUGACUCAAGAUGGUGGUGAAAAUUCUUCAAUGCCAAGGCUAAUACAAGAUGAAAUUUCAAUUAACAUUCCUCAAGAAGACCGGGAUGCAGUUCAUCAUUUGAAUGAGGAUCAAACUUUUGCAUACAAUUCCAUAAUAUCUGCUAUUGAGUGUCAUGACAAUGCCAUAUUUUUUGCUGCAUAUUUAAGACAUUUAUAUUUUUAA